CGCUCAGUUUAUUGUCAUCGAUAAUUAUUAAUCAAUUAUGCAUUUUCAUCGUAAUCGAUCUUUCGAGUAACAUAACAUUUUAAAGUUACAUUCUUUGGCAUAAUAAAACAAAAUUCACUUUGAUAAAUAAUAAUUUCAGUAAGUCCUUUACGCUUGUAAAUAAUCAUUUUUGUCACAUGAAAAUGUCCUACGUACAAAUUGAAUUUAUUCAUAAUUUUUGUUAUUUUCAGCAGCAACCUCAACGAUCUUCAACGAUUCCAUUCUAAUAACGUUCGAUGCAAUGGCAUAUUUUUUUUGUAUACCUCAUAACGAUCGAUUAGAAGAUAACUGACAAGAAGAAGACUCGUGGAAGGGUAGAAUUCAACUACUUAAAAACUUGGAUAACCUUCAAUUUUGUUUUUUUUCUAUUCCGUAAUAAUACUGAGCCACGCUGUUUCCCUUUUCGCUGGAAAAAUAUUCACGAGGGCGUUACGUAGAAACUUUCGAGGGAUAUAGAGUCCCAAAAAAAAAAAAAGAGUAGACAAGGUAUAUUGUACUUAGAGAAAGGGGUAGAUAAAAAUGAUUAAUGCAAAACACCGUCUGUCAAAUGUUGAUCGAUUAUUGUUGAGUCGACUUUGUCCGUUAACGACUCACCCCUUCUCAUUUCUUUUUUUUUUUUGGUCCGUACCUUCUAUACAGUUCGAAACGGACGCAAAAACUGACUCGUGUUCACUUCUUCUUUUCUUUUCUUUUUUUUUUUUUUUUUUCGUUAAUCGCAUGAACUAUUCAACCAACCAAUUUCAACCCCUUUUCGUAUGUAGUUUACGUCGGGAGUAGUUCGUGCUUGGACGAACAGUCGGCCGGUGACCUUUGAGCGAGCAAAAUGGAAGGAACUAAAGAAGUUACAGGUUUCACCAAUACCAUGAAAGCGAUAACAUGGUGCAAACGCUUGCUCGGUUUUUCAGGUGUUUGGCCAUUGGAAAUUCGGGACUCUUUGUUCCUACCAUUACUAUUUUACGGAUUUAUUUACAUUUUUUUAGGAGUUCUCGAUUUGAUCGAUUACAUCAAUGAUUUUCAUUACGCAUUGACAAAUAUUAUGGAGAAUUUGCUGAUUUUAAUGACACUGAUGAAAUUUGGGAUAUGCCGAUUGAAGCAUGGAUCAUUAUCAAGAUUUUUGACAGAAACGGAAAAUGAUUAUAACGUUGAUAAUUAUAAAACCAAAGAGGAGAGAUUGAUUUUUAUGAAAUAUAACAAAUUCGCCUAUAUAUUUAUCAUCAUUGCGUUCCCAUCGAUAACCUUCGUAAUUCUUUCGUAUUAUUGUAAAACUGUCAUACCGGGUAUAAUUAAUGUUAUGAGAAAUUCUACGUCGGAAUAUAAAUUACCUUAUAAAAUAAAGCCGUUACUGAAGCCGUACGAUGCAAAAACUUAUGUAUUUGGUUGCAUACAUGAAUUUUUACGUAUAAUAAUGGUCAUUUCCGCUAAUAGUGGUACUGAUUGUUUAUUGGCUUCUACCGGUUUUCAUCUUACCGGUCAAUUGGCCAUACUGAACUGUAGAGCGAAGGAAAUUUUAAAGGAAACCGAUGUUUCUCAGCAAGGAAUUCAUAAGAUAAUUCUUCGACAUCAUCGUUUGAUAAGAUUAGCGGAUAUAUUAGAGGAUAGUUUUAACAUCGUCAUUUGUCAACAAUUAUUAGGUACAACUAUACAAAUUUGUAUAUCGAGUUAUCAAAUACUCUCCAGUUUAGCUGUAUUAGAAGGAAUCGGUAUAAUAAUUUUUGGUCUACACAUUUUUGUUUUGUUGAGUACGUUGUUCACUUAUUGUUACAUCGGUGAAUGUCUCAUCGAGGAAAGUACGAACUUAUGCGUGGCGCUUUAUCAUUGCGACUGGUACGAGUUAUCGACGAUCGAUAUGAAAUCGAUUUACAUUUGCAUGAUUCGCUCUAGGAAACCAUUGCAAUUGACUUGCGCAAAAUUUUGCGUCGUUUCCUUGCGCACUUUUACCAUCGUAAUGAAGACAUCAAUGGCGUACCUAUCAGUAUUACGAACGCUUAUGGAGACAAAAUUAUGAAAUAAUUAGUCUUGAAUAAUAAUAACUAGAACAUUAUUAUUGAAAUUUUGAUAAAACUUUUGAAUAUACUGCAUGUAAUAAAUGAGAAUACAAAUAUGUUAUUUAAAUGACCAUAGAUAGGAUAAAUAUUAUGGAUGAUAUAUUUGUUAUUUAUAUGAAUAUAUUUGAC